AUGUUGCAAUUGAGGAUAGUUGUUAUAGGACACAUUCUCAACCGGAUACGCACAGGGAACCAUGCCAUUCAAACCGACUACGACAAGCCCCCUAGCGACCGCACCGCACUCACGGUCGCUGACGACGCGAUCCAGCCCACCGAAGAUGAUGGCUAUGCCUCGGAAACGUCAAGCAGUUCCUCCGAGCUCCCCGAUAACCUGAUACGUGCCGAAAACGACCUUCUUAUCCCAGAAUCGGCUCAGAUUGACCGCAUCUUCCACAACAGUCGCGCGACUUGGGCUCGUUUUGCCAAGCUCGCCGACUCGAUUCUUCGAUAUGCCUUUGCCGCCGAGCUCGCAAAUCCCGGCAUCAUGUUUAAGGGCUACAUUACCGGCCGACCGUUGUGGCACGUGCCGGAUCCAGAGCUGGAUGAUGGCUCGGGCGACUGGCUCUGCGCUAUUCUCUCGCCGAAGCUGGGUUGGUUGGUGGCUGGGGCGCACUUCCCUCCGUGGCCGCCAAUUGUUCUGGCGAUACGCGCUUCGUGGUCCUUACCGCCAAACGGCCCGGCACCCUUUUGCUUGGAGGAACCCCCGCGAAAUUCCGCAGAAGCCAUGGAACUCCUGAUUGAGUUUUGCCGUCCGUUUGAACUAUCGCGCCUAGGCACAGACGCAAUGUCACAGUUCCUUGCUCUUUUGCUCGGGAGACCCAGCAUCGACAGCGCCACAUCCGCAUCCGAGUGUACAGCCAGCAGUAUCCGCCAGUACGUCGCAGACCUCCCAUAUUACAUGACGCUGAGCAUGGACCCGCGGUCCAUUGCGUUUGUCAUCUGGAGCAUCUUUUGGCAGCCCAAUCUCAAAUGUCAUCUUGUUAGCCCCUGGCUGAGCUCGGCCCUUGUGGUCAUCAAGCCGAGCAUCACGCAACUCGCCAAGGUGUUCUCGCUCCGUCGGCCACAGGGCUCGUUCUGUUGGCUCAGUAUGUUCCUCCUGGCCGACUUCACCGUCCCGGACCGCAUGGCUCGUUUUCUGCAAACACUUAAGAGCAAUGGGGCUACGAUGCGAUGUGUUCAAACAUCGCGUUUAUUCCAGCGCUCCCAACAAAUCCAGCUCCAGAUAGCCGAGUCGGCGCUCUCAGCCCUGGCGCUGCUCAUGAUCGCCACGCUCGCCUUAUCAGCAUGA